AAGAGGAAGAGGAAGAGGAAGAGGAAGAGGAGGAGGAGGAAGAAAAGAAGAGAAAGAAAACAAAUUUGAAGGGCCUUUGUGCAAAAAGAUUAUCCCCUUUGGUCAGGCCACAUCUAGACAUGGUCACCAUCAGGGAUGUCAGAUGAGAGGCUGGGAGGAGUCGUCUAUUCCCACCUUAUCUGUCCUUCUCCAGCCAAGCCAGGCCAGAGCUGUGGGCCCCAUCCCGGGCUUGGUACAGGGCUGACUGCUCUUGGUGGUGGAAAGGGGGAAAUAAAGCAUAAGGAAUUUUGAGUUCAGUGCAAGGGUUAAAAAACACCAGAUUUGAGGAGAGAAUGAAUUUUAGGGAAUGUUACAUAUGAGGCAAUAAAGUUGGGGAGCAGUACAUAAAGAUUUGGGAAUAUUGCCUUUGGAGACAAAUUUUGGAAGGAACCAGGUUCAGGGAGACUGUUGUGGGGAGAGGCAGGAGAGGCAGGCUCGAGACCGCGGCACGACCCGAUCCAAGGUGGAAAAGGCGCGUCCGCCCACCGUGCCGGUGCCGCACGUGGAUAUCGUUCCUGGGCGGCUCAGUGAGGCGGAGUGGAUCGCGCUUCUGGCACUGGAGGAGGGCGAGGACGUGGUGGGAGACAUCUUGGCCGACCUAUUAGCUCGAGUCAUGGACUCUGCCUUCCAAGUCUACCUGACCCAGCAGUGCAUUCCAUUCACUGUCAGCCAGGCCAAGGAGGCCAUGCUGCAGAUCGUUGAGUGGCGCUUCUUGGCCCGGGAUGAGGGAGACGCUGCAGUGGCCGAGGACCCCACGUGGGGCGAGGACAAGGAGCCGCUGGCGUGCGUGACCGACACCUGGGCUCAGGGCUCGGUGCCCGUGGUGCACGCGCCGGCCUGCGAGAGUCUGGAGGACUUUGAAGACGAAGACGAAGACAAAGACGAAGACCCUGGGAGCCGGGGCAGGAUCCUUUUAGGAAGAUCGUGGUUGGCUAGAGGCUCCCAGGAGCGUUUUCCGGAGCUGAGAGUCACCCCCGGCCCUCCGGCCACACCCGAGCUGUUUCAGAAGGCAGGGGCUGGAGGAGCUUUGCAGGAACCUGACGGCCAGGCUAGAAGCCUCUUCUUGGCCGGGUCCUUGAAUGAGAAUUUGCAACGUUCGGGGGAGGCGGAGGGGAUCCAGAGUCCCCACCCUUCCCUGGAGCUGUCCCAGGUAGCCAGCCCUCUGGCUUCUGCCGUGAGGGGACAGCCCCUGGGCUCCUGCUUGUCACCCAAGGACCUCUACCCCCAGCCAGACGCAGCUGGGGACCGGCUGCUGAACGUGACAGAGGGGAUGUCUUGCAUGGCCUCGGGCGUGUCCUGCCUCUCUCGGGGCGGCCCCCCCUCGCUCAGCCCCUCUGCGUCCCUGCAGUCGUACCAGCCCGGACGCUUGGGUGAGCCUCACUACCGGGCAGGCUGCAAGGCUACAACGGCGCACCUGGACCCUGAGCAGCUUCCCCGACACUGGGUGCGCCCCCUGGCAGAGACUGUGAUCCCAGACUCUGACGCUUGCCCCUUGGAAACCUACCUCCUAGACUCUGACGCUCGCCCCUUGGAAACCUACCUCGGGCGCCGGAGGCACUGCAAGACCAAGACCAGAGCCAGACCACAAGGCCCUGUGUCGGGCGACCGUGUCUCCCCAGCAGCUUUCUUCCCUUUCCAGCCUAAGGGUCCCUGUGCUUUGGGCCCAGACGCCGCUUUAAAUUUAGCCCCACUCUUGCCAUCCUCCAGGGCAAAGGUGCCAUUCCCCAGCCAUGGGGCCCACUUCCUCCCCAAGCACCCAGUGCUAGCUGAAGUUCCUCGAAGCCCUAGUCCUAAAUCGUGGCCCAAUACCAAGUGGCCCCGUGGCUGGGAGGGCAGGGCGGAGCUGCUGGGCAAACUGUGGGCUGGCCGGACCCGGGUGCCUCCACAGGGCUUGGAGCCUGCUGACAAGGAAGACCAGGAUUUUGGAUGGCCCCAAAUAGCACCCCGGAUCCUCGAGGCUUCAUCCCAGGUGCUCUGGAAGCCCGUGGUGCGCCCAGAAGUCGUGAGGGUGGCUCCUGGUGUGAGCAUGUGGACCCGGAGCACCCAAGUACUUCUCAGCUCUGCUGUGCCCCAGGAGGCCAAAGAAGGAGGUACCUUUUCUUCAAUUGACCAGCAUGCCAUCCAGACAGGUGUGCCCAAGCCCCAGGUGACUGGGGGAGAGCUAAUAAAGGCUACCCCCAAAGUAUGGCUGCUCCCCUCCAAGCCCAUGCCCCAAUCUAAUUCCUGAGCUUUGGAAUCCUGGAGGUGGGAACUGAACCUUCCCCCUGCCUAUGGAAAAUAAAUGCUGAGUCCCUUAGGAA